AUGGGUUGUUCAUUGACAUCCAAACAUAAAACUGAUAAGCUUCAAUCUAUUUAGUUGGCUUCUCAGAUAACUUCAAAACAAAUUGAGGAUGAUUAGGUUGAAAGAGAAAUUUUUAAUCAUUUUUGUUUAGAAAAAUACAAAAUUUAAAAGAAUCCUAUAGUUUAAAGAAGAGCUCAUUCUACAACGCCAAGUUUAAUGAAUGUUUAGAAUAAAGUGGAAGCUCAGAAUUCAUAUGUUUAAAGAUAAUUCUCUUGA